GUCAAAAUUAUACCUGACCAAUUGAACAAAUCCAACAAUCCGAAAAUCGUACUAAUCGAGGAUAGGAUCUGUGUGUCUAUGGCCACCUUAAAAGGCAGGCAAGUAGAGGGCAGGCAAGUAGAGGGCAGGCGAGUAGAAGGCAGAAGUAGAGUACAAGGCAGGAGAGUAGAAGGCAGGUGAGUAGAAGGCAGGUGAGUAGAAGGCAGGAGAGCAGAGGGCAGUUGUGUUGAAGGCAGGUGAGUUGAAGGCAGGAGAGUAGUGGGCAGGGCAGGGUUAAUACAGACAGGCUGCAGCUCGGGUUUCUCUUGGAACUGUUUGAGUGACAGAUGACAUCACGGAGGGGGCGGGACUGAGUGAUGAUGUGGAGCUGCAGUGUAAAGGCAGGAGAGUGCAGCACAAGUUCAGGGAAAGACCGUGGAGCUGCUGCUGCUGGUCGGGACUCCGGGGCUGGAACUGAUGGAGGAAUCGCGUGUGAGUGCCCGGGCCGUGCGACUGUCACAUGCUGACACUUCUCCCUAAUGUUUCUGCCGCCGGCUGCGAGGGCUGAUGAGUUGCCUGAAUGCGCUCCUGCCCCUCUCCUGAGCCGCUCACACUGUGCCGCCGACCCCGCUGCUGCCCUGACACCUAAAUACUCCCUGUGCCACCGACCCCAGCCUCUCUCUGCUCCCAGACUAGUCCCACGUGUUCUGUACUGACUCCUACUGAUCUUCUGUCAUCCCUCUGUUCUACAGCUGCAACUGUCUGACCCACUUACCUGCUCAUACUCUGCCAGUGACUCCUGCUUAUAUACCUGCCCCUCUACUGCCUCUGUCCUGUGAUACCUACAGACUCUCUGUGCCCUGUGAUACCUACAGACUCUCUGUGCCCAGGUGAUACCUACAGACUCUCUGUGCCCAGGUGAUACCUACAGACUCUCUGUGCCCAGGUGAUACCUACAGUCUCUCUGUGCCCUGUGAUACCUACAGACUCUCUGUGCCCUGUGAUACCUACAGACUCUCUGUGCCCUGUGAUACCUACAGACUCUCUGUGCCCUGUGAUACCUACAGACUCUCUGUGCCCAGGUGAUACCUACAGACUCUCUGUGCCCUGUGAUACCUACAGUCUCUCUGUGCCCAGGUGAUACCUACAGUCUCUCUGUGCCCAGGUGAUACCUACAGACUCUCUGUGCCCUGUGAUACCUACAGACUCUCUGUGCCCUGUGAUACCUACAGACUCUCUGUGCCCAGGUGAUACCUACAGUCUCUCUGUGCCCAGGUGAUACCUACAGACUCUCUGUGCCCUGUGAUACCUACAGACUCUCUGUGCCCUGUGAUACCUACAGACUCUCUGUGCCCUGUGAUACCUACAGACUCUCUGUGCCCAGGUGAUACCUACAGACUCUCUGUGCCCUGUGAUACCUACAGACUCUCUGUGCCCUGUGAUACCUACAGACUCUCUGUGCCCUGUGAUACCUACAGACUCUCUGUGCCCAGGUGAUACCUACAGACUCUCUGUGCCCAGGUGAUACCUACAGACUCUCUGUGCCCAGGUGAUACCUACAGUCUCUCUGUGCCCAGGUGAUACCUACAGACUCUCUGUGCCCAGGUGAUACCUACAGACUCUCUGUGCCCAGGUGAUACCUACAGUCUCUCUGUGCCCAGGUGAUACCUACAGUCUCUCUGUGCCCUGUGAUACCUACAGACUCUCUGUGCCCUGUGAUACCUACAGACUCUCUGUGCCCAGGUGAUACCUACAGACUCUCUGUGCCCUGUGAUACCUACAGUCUCUCUGUGCCCAGGUGAUACCUACAGUCUCUCUGUGCCCAGGUGAUACCUACAGACUCUCUGUGCCCUGUGAUACCUACAGACUCUCUGUGCCCUGUGAUACCUACAGACUCUCUGUGCCCAGGUGAUACCUACAGUCUCUCUGUGCCCAGGUGAUACCUACAGACUCUCUGUGCCCUGUGAUACCUACAGACUCUCUGUGCCCUGUGAUACCUACAGACUCUCUGUGCCCUGUGAUACCUACAGACUCUCUGUGCCCAGGUGAUACCUACAGACUCUCUGUGCCCUGUGAUACCUACAGACUCUCUGUGCCCUGUGAUACCUACAGACUCUCUGUGCCCUGUGAUACCUACAGACUCUCUGUGCCCAGGUGAUACCUACAGACUCUCUGUGCCCAGGUGAUACCUACAGACUCUCUGUGCCCAGGUGAUACCUACAGACUCUCUGUGCCCAGGUGAUACCUUCAGAUAACCUACAAUUGCUCGGUGUGCCCUGGAUAUCCCUACAACUGUUCUCUAGUUAUUCUCAGAGCUGUACUGUGUGACCUGGCAAUGCCUACUAACCUGAAGGAAAUCUCAUACACUCCUACAGUGACCCUAUUAUGAAAUCAAUUCCAGUAUAGGCCAGUAAGUAAGUAGAGACCGUGAGCCACUCUGUCCCAAACAGACCACAGGAAAUCCGUAAAGUGGCGAGUGUUGAACAGAAGGUGCAGUCAUGUCUUGGGAAGGAGCCGUAGAGAGUCUCAGGCUGAUGGGUUAAAUCUCAGCUCAGUUUACAUUCCUCCUGCUGCUGCACUGAAAAGUUCCAUUGAGUCUCGUAGACACAGUGGAAGGACGGGAGAGCUGCAGUUCACUACAAGAGAUGAUGUGUAAUAGCCGACACUAGGAAACAAGCUACAGGAUGAGGGGGGACAGUUUGCUGUCGGUGGAGAGGCUGAGGUGCUGGAGACUUUGCAGGAGGAGCCGCUGGAGGUCUCUUAGGUCUCAACUACUGGCAGUCAGCUUGACUUGCACUGUCCUAGUGGUGUAUGUCUGCUCUCAGGCUCUCAUUGCUGGACCCAUUAACUUCCCUUUACUUUGGGGGACCACUACCCCUCCCAAGCAAGUCACAGUCUUAAUAUGGCAUGAGCCGUUUGGCAAACGCCGAAGGCUUGGGGAUUGCCACAUGCUCUUCAAUGUCACGGGAUGCCACAUCACAACCAACAGGAGUCUUUACCAGGAAGCGAACGCCAUCAUGUUCCACCACCGGGACAUUUCUGAUUUCAGUGAUUUUCCUUUCCGCAGGCGCCAGAGCUCCCAAAAGUGGAUCUGGAUGAACUUCGAAUCUCCGUCCCAUUCGCCCUGGCUGGCGAGUCUUGGGGGCAUCUUCAACUGGACCAUGUCCUACAGGGUGGACUCGGAUAUCUUCAUGCCCUACGGAUUCUUAUUCUCCAAGAAACAUGCCAAAAUAGUCCUGCCCCGCAAGAGAAAGCUGGUGGCCUGGGUGAUCAGCAACUGGAACGAGGACCACGAAAGGGUCCAGUAUUACAACGAGCUGAGGAACUACGUCCAAAUCGAUAUCUACGGCCGGUACGGGCUGGAUUUAAAAGAGGACAACAUUGUCAAGACCGUCUCCGAGUAUAAAUUUUACUUGGCUUUUGAGAAUUCCUUGCACACGGAUUACAUCACGGAAAAGCUAUGGAGGAACGCGUUGAAAUCCAACGCCGUCCCCAUCGUCAUGGGGCCCAGUCGCUAUAACUACGAGAUGUUCAUACCGCGCAACUCUUUUAUUCACGUGGACGAUUUCUCCAGCCCCAGGAAGCUGGCCAUGUACCUGAAGCACCUGGAUAAAAACAUUCAUUUGUACCGCAGAUAUUUCACGUGGAAGAAGCGAUACGACGUGCAUGUGACUUCUUUCUGGGACGAGCAUUACUGCACCGCGUGCCGGAGCAUCAAGGCAGCGGGGAAUCAGCAUCGGACUGCGUCGGACCUUGCAGGCUGGUUUGAAAGCUGACGAGAGCAAAUCUCAUCCCAAUGAAUAAUAGAACAGACAUUGUCACCCAGUUUUACGGUCACAGGGAGUGGUUCUGGCAUAGCGAAUAACAAUAUUUAAUUUAUUCAAACUUAAUGGUUGCUUGUUGAUCUCGUUAUGACUGAAGUGAAUUAAUUUUUAUUUAAAUGAAUGUGGCUAAAAAUGCCAUAUUUUAUAUAGUGAACUUAUUGCACGAGGCUAAAGUUUCAGCUUGUCAAU